GGUUUAUCUCGGUGAUCUUUAAUCAAGGCUAUUUAUUUUUUAUUUAUCAUUUAUUUGUUCUAAGUAAAACAAGGAAACAUUUUCAAGGAUAAUACUGAGAAUUCAAGCAACAUAACGAUUAGAAUCGAGCUCUGUAGGAUCCCUGCUGAACACUUAUCCUGCUGUGGAGUUAAACUCCCAUUACAGCUAAUCAGAUUGCAGUUCUUUUGGCUCCUUUUAGUGGAAAAAUGUGCCUUGGAUUAGUUGCCAUGUUCAUAAUGUUUGAAGACCAGUUCCAUGGCCAAACUCAGCCUUCUGUCAUGUGUUCAGGUGGUGGACAGCAGCCUUCUCCUCAAACAGACCAAAGACCUGAAGCCCGAAGCUGAACUCUGCAGCAUGUUGUAACUCAGGGGGUUUGGACAAAAGGCAUUUUACAGUCAUCUGAUUCUUCUGUAAUCUCCAGCACAAGCAGAAUGGGAAAUUAUGACGAGGACACUGCCUUUCUGGGGCAAAAGGGACCAUUUUUUGCGCUCCUUUUCUUCCUCUUGAACGCCAUCUACAUUUCCACCGGGUUUCACGGCCUCUACAUUGUUUUCGUCGGGGCUUCACCAUCACAUCACUGUCAGGUAGCGGAUGGAAAUCUGAGUGAAGAAUGGACGAGAGCGAGUAUUCCCAAGGAGAUGGUCAAUGGAAAACUGCAGCCCAGUCAGUGCUGGAGAUACAGUCUGGAGACGGUCCGAAACCUGUCGGCUCAAGGUUACUCACCGCAGGACGUGAACCUCACAGACCUCAAACGAGAGAGAUGUGCGGAUGGAUGGAGCUACAGCACUGAUGUCUACCACUCCACCAUCGUCUCUGAGUGGAAUCUGGUGUGCGACAGCGAGUGGAGAGUCCCGUUCGCAACCUCGACGUUAUACAUGGGCUACUUGUUGGGCUCUCUUGUUUCUGGCCAACUUUCUGACAGGUUCGGCAGGAAGAAGGUUCUCUUCACGUCUCUGGCGGCAGAAGCGCUGGUGAUCCUGGCGCAGUCCUUCUCUCACUCGUGGCUGCUCUUCUGCGUCCUGUAUUUCUUUGUUGGCACUUUCCAGAUUUCCCUGUACCUCACAGCUUUUGUACUUGGUAGCGAAAUAUUAAGUAAAUCCCUGCGAGUUCUCUUCACUACGCUGGGAGCUUUCCUGCAUUACUGCAUCGGUUACAUGGUGCUGCCCUGGAUCGCCUUCGCCAUCCGCGACUGGAGGACACUGCUGAGGGUUCUGUCGGGCGUGACGGUGGUGUACGUCCCUCUGUGGUGGCUGAUCCCGGAGUCUCCGCGGUGGCUUCUCGCUCAGGGACGAGUGCUGGAAUCCGAGGCCAUCGUGAGAGAGGCGGCGAAGAAGAACAAAGUCACUCCUCCGGAGGUCAUCUUCAGCACGUCCGAGGUUAAAGAGGAUUCAUCUCAGAACAGCCAGUACAGCGUGCUUGACGUCCUGAGGACCAGCAAGAUCCGCAAAACCACCUUUAUGUGUUUACUGCUGUGGAUGGCUAUCAACAUCGGAUAUUUCGGCUUGUCCUUGAACACCACUAAUCUUAGCGGCGAUCCGUUCCUCAACUGCUUCCUGUCCGCGGUGACUGAAGUGCCGGCCUACAUCGUGUCCACGUUCCUCCUGAGGAGCUGUCCACGGAGACCCGUCCUGUCUGCUUUCCUCAUCAUAGGAGGAGGAUUUCUGCUUCUGGUGCAACUCAUUCCUGAAAGUCUUCAUACGCUGGCACUGGCAUUAGAGAUGGCUGGCAAGUUCGGCUUCACCAUGUCCUUCACGGUGGUGUACAUCUACACGGCGGAGCUCUAUCCCACCGUCCUGAGGAACCUGGGCAUCGGCAUGUGCUCUUCAGCCGCCCGCAUCGGCAGCAUCACUGCGCCUUACGUCAUAUUCUUAGGUACUUUCAACAAGUAUCUGCCCUACAUCCUGAUGGGAAGUCUCACCAUCGCUUCCUCAAUAGCUAACAUGUUUUUGCCCGAGACGUUUGAGAAAGUGCUGCCUGAGACUCUGGAAGAAAUGCAGAAAUGCAAAAGUUUCAUUAGAAGAGAUAAACACGGCUUGGAGGAAGGGAAGGGAUCCAUCACCAUGAAAGAACACACAGCGGGAAAUAAAUACAUGAAUGAAUGAGUAAAAAUCAUCCUCCAGUCUUCACACAGGAAGUCAAUGGCUUGACAUUAUUUAAAUGUGAAUGAAAUAUGAAUACAUGUCAUUUCAUUUGUACAUUGUAUGAGUUUAUUUUGUAUUGUAUUAACACAAUGUAUUUGUUUUUUUUCUCUCUGCCAAACUGUAAGUGGUAUCAGCACAUGAAUAUUAUUAUUUUUUUUAUUUAAAAUUGACAUUAUUUAAAAGGCAAUAAUGGUUGUUGUGAGAACGACUGAAGUUGUCGUAAGACGAAUCACAUCGAGAUCGAGCUGGCAUACAGGAUGAUGUUUAGUGGAAGUGCAAAAUGCUCAAAUAAAAGCAGUGUUUUAA